AUGGCGACCGUCAAGCGUGAAUUUAAGAUUUUCGCUUCAGAAGAGGCCAUUCAUCCCAAAGGAAGUGGAUCAGUUGCUAUGGCCUGUGCUGUCAGCAUCUUAUUAAAAGGCUUGAGUGAUGAACUUGCCUUUGUGGAUGCUGAUGAAGGCAAAUUGAUGGGUGAGACAGUGGGUCUGCAACAUGGCAGCCCUUUCAUGAAAAUCCUAAAUAUUUUUUCCAGCAAAGAUUAUUUUGUCACUGCAAUCAACAUAGUGAUUAUCACAGCAGGUGCAGGCCAGAUAAAAGAAACAUACCUUGAUUUAAUCCAGAGAAAUGUGUCCAUGUUUAAAUUAAUGAUUUCCAGUAUUAUCUAACACAGUCUCCACUGCAAAGUGAUUAUUGUUUCCAAUCCAGUGGGUAUCUUAACUUUGUAGCAUGGAAGUUAAGAGCAUUUCCCCAAAACUGUAGUUAUUGGGAGUGGCUGUAAUCUGGCCACUGCCCCCUUCCAUUUCUUGACUGGGCAGAGGCUUGGUGUCCACUCUGAAAGCUGUCAUGGUUUCCUUUUAGAGCACAGAGACUCAAGUGUUCCUGUGUGGAGUGGAAUGAACAUUGCUGCGGUCUCUCCGAAGGUUCUGAACUCAGAUAAAGGAACUGAUAAAGACCUGAGCAGGAGGAAAAUGUCUGCAAAGUAGUGGUUGCCAGGUAGUAUGUUUUGUAUUUUCAGUACCUUGGAAGUUAGCUGUA